AUGGUUCAAGCCUGGGUCGACAACCCAAACCAAUUGUGGACUUCCUCCGGAGGAAAACACCACUUGCGGAAAGCUGACUUAGAGAUCAGUCGCCCAGUUGACGGUCGAGAGCAAGUUGACGUCGACUCAGACAAACCCCCGUCAUAUCAUGAACUCUCCACAAUCUCGCAGGCGGAAUGGCGGGAAGCGGAACGUUCAGGGGUACGUUCUAGCAUAGUGGGGAGGGAAGAAGCCAUGCGGCACGUCGCGAAGAAAGCCACCGCCAAGGGCAGGCAAAAGCGACAAGCGCCCCUGGCGCAGGAAGCCCCGACGACAGAGGGCGGCAUUGCACAAGAAGCAAUGGAGGUCCCAGAGGACCCGGUGGAACCUAAACAAGACAGGCCCACAACAUGGGAUGAGGAACCACCUCAGGAAAUCCCGCGAGACGGACUAGUCUCGGAUCAAGGAGAACAAGAAGAAGUUCCCUUGGAACGAGGAGAGCAAGAAGAAGCUCCCUCAGAAAUAGAUCCUACCCAGCGAGUGGUAGAGAUUGUCGAGGAGGACUUGGGAGACACGCCAAUGGAGGACGCUCCGGAGGUGCAACAAGAAGCUCCCUACCUUUUUCGGCGGGAAAGGCGAUAUCCGCCACGCUCCUGA